AUGUCGACAUUCCAACGCCGGAAGCGCGUGACCACAGCGCUUUCUGUCAAUGUGCAGGAUCGCCGUCACCACACGCGCACGCUGAUGGAGACGCGCCAAAGGAAAUCUGCGCUGUUAGCUCUGGACUCAGAGGAGGUUGUGCAUCGCCUUCGGGCCAUGCGCCCCCCUGAGGGUCUCUUGGACAGCGAAUUUCCGAAGGCCGAUGUGGAGGAUUUUCAAAGUAGGGCUCGUAGUAGAGGGGGAGAUAGCGCCUCGAAUGAAGAGGGGAAAGAACUUCCACCGGUGCCGCCACCGCCCAGGACGUUCAAACAGUGGGCAGAUAAGGGGUUCCCGACGACAUCGUGGAGACCACUGCUCUCGGAGGAGUUGUAUCACCCCCUUGAGGCACAGAAGAUGAUUUUAACUAACAAAUACACGCCGUCUCAGAAAUUGAAGUCAAAAAUGAAGGAUAACGCAGAGCCAGACUCCUGA